AUGGAGGCAAACUCGCUGAAUCGAAGCGUCAGAGCUGGUCUGACGGAGCUCCCUAUCGAGCUUCUGGCAGACAUCGCGAAUCGGCUUGAGAACAGCGAUAUCAAGAACCUUCGUCUGGCGUGCAAGCUUCUCGCCAGAACAUCAGCGCUGCGCCUCAGCCGCGUCUUCCUGUCUGCGAAUCCCCUCAACGUCAAAGUCUUCCGCGCCAUUGCCGACCACGAGGUGUUUCGCCAUGGCGUCAUCGAAGUCAUCUACGACGAUGCUCGGCUUCCACGGUCUGCGUAUGAGGAGGCAUCGGCUCGAAGGCCCGACUUGCUGCGUUGUAGCGAGUCUCGGCAGAUAGGCGUGCAGACUGAUGAAAACUGGUUUAACAACGAGCGGCAGCAGAACAUGAGAGAGAUUGACCGUCACGAGUUCCACACUGCAGGCCAGUGGGAUAGUCCUGCUAGGACGCAGCAAGCAGCAGCUGAGAUGCCAAUGCAGGCGUCGUGGGCAUAUUAUCAAGAUCUAGUCCGUCAGCAAGAUGAAGUGAUUGCAGACAACUCUGAUUUAGAGGCUUUACGAUAUGGGCUGCGGCGGUUCUCAUCGUUACAAACCGUUAUUGUUACGCCAGCUGCUCACGGCUUACUGUUCAGUCCGCUCUACAAGACGCCAAUGAUUCGAGCGUUUCCCCUCGGCUUCAAUUAUCCUAUCCCACGGGGCUGGCCUGCACGCCACGAGGGACAAUCUUCUUUUGCAGCCGCUGCAUGGGUUAAUGAAGAAGAUGCCGUCUGGGCAGAAAAGGCUAGAGCUCAAUGGCGAGGCUGCCAGAUUGUCACCCGUGCUCUCGCAGAAGAGCGGCGACACCACCACGUGUCUGAGUUUCUCAUUGACUCCAAGCAACUUCUUACUGGGCUCAACUGCCGCCUCUUUGAACAGCAAUGCAAGGCGUACGAUGAUAUAGUAUCGAUACUUGAGCAUCCUGGCCUUCGGCGCUUUGAGCUUUCACUUCACAUUGACGGACAGCAGCGACUGGGCUGGCCAGCCUUUCGCAGCGGUCUUUUGCGCCAUGCUCUAGCCAAGGCUGAGGAUUUGGAGCAUUUCUCCUUGGCCGCUGACACAGACCCUGAUAUUGUCGAUGGAGAGUCGCCUCCGUCGCUGGAGACGUAUCUUCCCCUUAAUCGCUGGCCUCGGCUUCAGCAUCUGAGGCUGUGGAAUCUGUCUGUCAAAAAAGCCGAAGUCAUCUCAAUACUAACUAGAAUUCCUCCAACGCUAUCCACACUUGAACUCGGCCAUUUAAUAUUUUCAGAUAACGGAGAUUAUCGCAGCCUGCUUUAUGAUAUGCGCCUCAUUCUCCGCUGGCAUGAGCGGGGGAUCCGACCCAGAGUCAAGAUUGCCUUGCCUCGCAAACCAUAUUAUAGAGAUGGGCAGUCUGUCUGGAUCGAGGAGGAGGUUGACGAAUUUUUAUACGGAAAUGGUGCUAAUCCGUUUGAUGCGAGACUGGGCUUGAAUCGGGUACAACAAGGCGUGGGAGUCCUUCGCGAUGUGUUUAUCGAAGAUUAUGAGAAGCCUUGGUGA